ACAGACGUGGAAAUCGACUUCAGGCGUAACACUUUCGCAAUGGAGGUCCUAAAGCGCACUGUUUCUCUUCUUUUCCUCGCUAUGUUCAUACUUGGCACGCUCGUACAGUUCAACGACCCUGACCCCAUAAUUUGGGUGACCUACUGGGCAACCGCCGCGCUCUUGCCUCUGAUGGCUUUGACCGGAGUCAACACACGCCACGGCCUUUUCUCUUUGGUGGACAAGCUUGCGCGUGCAGCAGCCAUCCUGGUCUCCCUGUACUGGAUAACGACCUACCUCCCCGGCAUCAAAAAGGACUACCAGGCCAAAAAUGGAAACAUCCUGCGGAUGGUCAUUAACCAGGACGGGGAUAUCAGGAUGAAAGACGACCAGAUGGAGCUUGCGCGCGAGUUUGGAGGAGCUGUUAUCAUUCUUGUCUAUACCUUAGUCCUUUACCCUUUGAGCACGGUGGGAGACGAGAAAGUACCGGGAAAAAGGGCGUGAGGGAGGAGAAGGCGGAAGGGCUUGGAGAGUAGCAGGGAAGACAAGGAGGAAAGCGUUUGGAACGCGAGGGGGAAGGCGUUUGGGUGACGAGAAGUGAUCGUGUAAGGGGACCGUUGUCUCGGACGGGAGGGGCCACCUAUCGGUUCUGACUCCGUCACACGAGUCUGUGUUUGUGUGCGUGUAUACAUGAGGAUAGUAUCAUGAGGACGAAGGUAAUAUCUCGUCCUCUUGGCAAUAUUGAAGUAGAGAAGUCGAUGGAAGGAAUAUGGAAGUCCGAGGAUCGUAAUUACAUUUCUAAGAAGCCUGUGUCGAUUUUGCCUCCGAAUGCAAACCUUCAAGGAAGAGAAAAAAUAUGUCGUGCAAAAACCGUACGAUCGUCGCGAACAAGACGUGGAGAUGUGGAUAGAAAGGUGAUGGUACAGAGUCCCGGGGUCCGGCUGAGCAGAAAGGUCCCAGCACAAGUGCCGAGGGCUUGGAAAAUGCUGCGGAAAGAAAGUUGUUCAGACGGCAAAUUUAUAAGUGGCGGAUACAGUGAAAUAUCAGCACGAAGGGGUGAUCACAGGAAGAGAACCAAAGGGCAGGUCGGA